GGGACCAGUGAAAAAGGGGAAGAGAGGAUAAAAACCCUAGAGUGGUCUGUUCUACAGGGCGCAAGUGAUGCUUGCGGUGCCAUUCGCGGUGGCAAUGGCGGUGGUUGUGGCGGUGGCGGUGGUGUUGCAAUGGAAAGGCAGAUAGAAAAGGAGUGGAGUGCUGGUG